AUGGACCCGAAGGGUCCGCAAGUUUACUCUCUGCUCUGUGUCGCACGCGCUUGCACCGAUCAGAUCGAGGAAUGCUUGGCUGCCACGACGCCGCAAGAUUGCCCGGAGAAGCAAGCCGGGACCUUCUGCACCCCGAAACGAGCCGGCAUUUUCCGCAUUCGGUACAAGUCCAUCGUUCUUCACAUGGGCUCCGACGUCCAGAACGAAAUGUCUUGCAUAAUUGAAGCCGACGGGGUUCUGAUGAGGUCGAUCCCUCCCCUCACGAUUGCGGAAAAAGGGCACCUGUGGGUUCCCAUCGAGGGCUCGUGGCACGAUCCAGUUUGGUCCUCGAGGUCGAUCUUCAGCGCCGCGUUAGAUACCUUGCUUGUGGCCAAAAGCCGUCGCUAG